CAGAGCAUAGUCUACGCUUUAUGCUCAGAGAUGGAAGUAAUGACUGACAGGCUGGCUGAACUGCGUGCGGAUAAAGACACGUAAUUGCAAGGCUGCAAAACAUGUUCUUGCUGUCCUUCAGGGCACUUCUGAUUUUUAAAUAGUGCUGUAUAAUAGAAUAAUGAAGGAUUGUUUCAACUCGAUCUUCCCUAGUUCAAUUUCAAGGCUUGCAUGUCCUUUCUGAUAAUAUUAUUUUUAAUAUUCAUUAAUAAUAAUUAUUAUGUUACGAGCCUUUGGCAGGCUCCAUAACUGUGGCUGUGUGACAUAGGGUAUUCUAGACCUAGAUGCAAGUACAUGUAUAGGGUCAAGUUCAUUAAGACUAGUGACUUAUCAAUUAAAAAUCUUAAUUUACUUUUAUCAGAUAUCUUAUUCUACAUGUAUCAUAGAGUAUUGAUCUUGAAGAUGAAGAUGGUGAUUGCACAGUUGUGAGCCCUGCAUUAAUUGAUGGAUUCCUUCAAACGAUAACACAAUGCACAUCAGCAAGUGAGUAUGGACAAUCUCUGGCUCAGACUGGCUGACUACAAAUAUUUGCAUGUUCCCACUUUCUCUCUGCUAGCAUUGUGCCCCACAAAAGGACAAGGCAAGAGACUUUGUAAGCUCUUGCAAUGUAUAGGUCAAUCAAAUGAAUAGAAAUUUAGAAAGGCUACAGCAGAACCUUGAUGAAAUGAGGCAAAUUCAAGAAAAUGUUCGUGAAUCAAGUGCUUUAAAAAAAAGAUAUCAAGAGGUGACAAAUGAAAUCAAACAAAUCUCACUAAAUAUUUAUAAAGGAUUGAAAAGCUUGAGUAAGGAGAUUACCAAUGAGUUGAGAUCAAACAGACAUAAUGCUGAGUUUAGGAUCAAAAAAGCUCAAGAAGCAGCAUUAAGACAAAAGUUAAAGAGACUCGUGUUAGAAUAUCAACAGCUGGAAGAGCAAAACAAAGAAAAGUACAGGGGGAUGCUUAGAAGACAGCUACAGAUAGUUGGUAUUCAUUAUACAUCCAUUUCGGAUGACAGAUUUGAGGAACUGGUCUCACAAAUUGAGAGCGGAAUAGCCUUGACACAGGAAGAUAUAUUGAAACAAACUAAUCAAGAAAGACAAACACUUAAAGAGGUUGAAGCAAGAAAGAUCUCUGAACUAGAGAAAAAUGUGAAAGAGCUCCAUGACAUGUUUCAUGAGAUGACAGUGCUCCUAAAUGAUGAAUCACAGGAUGAGAAUGAUUUUAUAGCAGACAAUAUUGAGCACAAUGUAGAAAAUACAAAAGAUUACGUACCAAAAGCCACAAAAGAUUAUGUACCAGAAGUCACAGAACCGAUAGAGAUAGCAAGAAAUUAUCCCAAAAAAACCAGUUUAAAAUGGAUGAUGUGUGGAAUUGCUACAAUAGUGAUAGCUAUAUUUCUCCUAAUCAUAACCCUGCCUGUUGCCCUAGUGAUUAUCAUUAUAAUAAUUAUCAUUGUGAGUAUUGCUGUUGGCAUUGGCUCUUGUCGACAUCAAGAGACUCAAGACAAUUGAAUAUUGAAUUUUGUGUAUGAGUGACACAAUAAUAUACUAUCUAUAGAUAUAAAUAAUUUGUAGUAAAAUAGAGUUUUUAGAAGUAAUUUUCAUUGAUCAAAA